AUGCCCGAGGCUCGACAGAGGCAGCACGUCUCCCACGCUCUUCCAGACUACACGCGCUUCUCCCCCGCUAGAAUUGCUUUGCGCAGGCACCUCAACCAGGAGCCCACAGCCCCGGGCCACUUGAGCGGCCCCGGGCCGCCCACACACAGAGGGGAAAUGGGUGGCGUUAACUCUCCUCUCCGAGCCAAGCAGGGCAGCCCAUCUCCUCAUGCGUUGGAUGCUCAGAAUACACCGAAAACCACCGAGGGGGGUGGAAAGGAGAAGAGUCCAUCUGUUCAGGCAGACAACAGUAUCACAAGCCUUCCAAUAAGUAUUCCGCUGAGCACUGUUCACCCAAGCAAACUUCCAGUCAGCAUUCCACUCGCCAGUGUUGUGCUACCCAGUCGGGCUGAGAGACUGCCUUGUUUAUGGCUCCGGUCGGGUCAGGUGUCUCCCAAGCUUCAGAGCUCCUGUUACCAGGGCAAUACGCACCCCCAGUUGCUCCUGAUGCUGCGGCACCAUUCGUGGAAAGGGACGACUCAGCCCAUGAAGUUGAACAAGCGCCCAUCCAACGGGCUGCUGCGACACAUCCUCCAACAGGUGUACAACCACUUUGUGACCGACCCGGAAAAGCUGAACAACUACGAGCCCUUCUCGCCCGAGGUUUACGGCGAGACUUCCUUCGACCUGGUGGCGCAGAUCAUCGACGAAAUGUAAAUAAUGGAGGACGACACCUUCCUAGACCUCGGCAGCGGUGUGGGUCAGGUGGUGCUGCAGGUUGCGGCAGCAACCAACUGUAAACACUACUACGGCGUUGAAGCAGAUAUUCCAGCAACCUAUGCAGAGAGCAUGGACAAAGAGUUUAAAAAGUGGAUGAAAUGGUAUGGCAAGAAACACGGGGAGAACACUCUGGAGAGAGGAGAUUUUCUGUCUGAAGAAUGGAAAGAAAGGAUCGCCACCACAAGUAUUAUUUUUGUGAAUAAUUUUGCCUUUGGUCCAGAGGUAGAUCAUCAUCUUAAGGAACGUUUUGCGAACAUGAAGGAAGUUGGGAAGAUUGUAUCUUCCAAACCAUUUGCACCUUUAAACUUUCGAAUUAACAGCCGAAACUUGAGUGGUAUAGGCACAAUAAUGCGUGUGGUAGAGCUCUCGCCACUGAGGGGUUCCGUGUCCUGGACUGGAAAGCCAGUCUCCUACUAUCUGCACACCAUAGACUGCACCAUUCUUGAAAACUACUUUGCUAGUCUCAUCAAUCCUAAACUCAGGGAAGAGGAAGAGGCAGCUCGACGACGUCAGCAGAAAGAUUUUAAGGACAGCAAAAGCAAUAGCACCACACCCACCAAAACCAAGGAGCAAAACAAGGUAGCUUUUCCUGCCGAUUCCUGUGGGGAGGAAGAGUAUCGCCUCCCAUUGGUGAGUGUGGUCAAGCCUGCCGCCAAGUCCCGCCAAACCAAACUCUUGGCCAAGGGUCGCAAGCUGAACAACAAAAAGAGGGGUCGACCCAAGAAGGCGGCGCCGGCUAGCGACAAGAAGAAGAAUCAGAGCGCGUUGGAUUUGCUGCAUGCCAAGACCCUUUCUGCAGCGCCCCCUCAGGAUCAGAGGAAUACGCACACAGAUGCAUACCGGCAACCGCGGAGUCCCUUUUACCAACUACCUUCUAAGGUCCAGCACUACCCAGCCAAUCAACUGCUGCUGAGCCCAACCCCUCCGGGUCUGCAACAACUGCUAGACAAUAUCAAAGUUCAAUACCUCCAGUUUAUGGCCUACAUGAAGACUUCUCACUACCAAUCCAAUCUACAGCAGCUUUUAGAGCAGGAGAAGCAAAAACACAGGGAUUUGUCCAUGCAGGCAGAGCAGCUCCAUUCCAUCUGUCAGUCUCAGAAGGACAAGAUCACAAGGCUCUUUCAGACCAAACUGGAUGAGGUGAGUGCUACCAAUCUUUAACUGCAGGCCCAGAAGGAGAUAUCGUCCCACAACCAUCAAUUGAAAGAGCAGACCAAACAGCUUGAGAGAGUCAUGGCUUAACUUCGAGAUCACAGCCUGCUGCUGCUAAAGUCUCGAUGUGAGGACCUAAAGUUGGAUUGGGGCUAAUUGUGUCUGGAGAGUCUGCUGAAAGAGAAGCUGGUCCUGUGGAGACAAAUCUCUGAGAAGCAGAGACACUGCUUAGAGUUGCAGAUUAGCAUUGUGGAGCUGGAAAAAAGUCAGAGGCAACAGGAGCUGCUUCAACUCAUAUCGUACAGCCCUCACGAGGGCUCCCCUUUCCGCAAGAACCCGGAAUCCCGUACGUCCGCCGACGUGGACGCCCCCAAGUUCGGCCUGCCCUCAGUCCCAACUCUCAACGGCAUAAGCCCAGAACGCUCUAUCAACGGUACCGGCUCGCCUUCUUUGGAGCGCAGGAACACCAAGACGGAGGUUCUUUCACGCUAUCUGCCAAUCUCUCCCGACCACGACGCCGCUGCACCCAUGCCCGAGGCUCGACAGAGGCAGCACGUCUCCCACGCUCUUCCCGACUACACGCGCUUCUCCCCCGCUAAAAUUGCUUUGCGCAGGCACCUCAACCAGGAGCCCACAGCCGCGGGCCACUUGAGCGGCCCCGGGCCGCCCACACACAGAGGGGAAAUGGGUGGCGUUAACUCUCCUCUCCGAGCCAAGCAGGGCAGCCCAUCUCCUCAUGCGUUGGAUGCUCAGAAUACACCGAAAACCACCGAGGGGUGAUUGAUUUUUCGUUUAUGUGUUAUGUGAGAUGGUCUUCUGGUUUCUAAAGAGUCAUUUUCCCUUCAUGGUGGAAAGGAGAAGAGUCCAUCUGUUCAGGCAGACAACAGUAUCACAAGCCUUCCAAUAAGUAUUCCGCUGAGCACUGUUCACCCAAGCAAACUUCCAGUCAGCAUUCCACUCGCCAGUGUUGUGCUACCCAGUCGGGCUGAGAGACUGAUAAGUACUCCCAGUCCUGUCUCUCAGGCCUGUCAAACCAAUGGAUAUUCAUCAGGGUCAGGGCUCAUGAAUGGAGGUCCCCACUCAGAGGAACAAAAUGGUGCUUCUUCAUCGCCUCCGCACGCAAACACACCCUUGGCGGGACCCUUGAGCAGAGGCCCCCCGCUCAGCACCGGAGGGGUUCUUCAUUAUGCAGACGCCCCAAAAAUUCUUUCCGAAGAUGGCCAGGAACGCCAAGAGACCGAGUCCGACACUGAGCCCCAGGAUAAUGAACUGCGGAGGAGAAUUUUUUUCUCCUCCUCUUCUUCCUCCUCGUCUUCGUCAUCGGGCAGUGGUGGAUCGCGCCUCCACCACCACGCCGGCAGCUUGACCAAGCAGGGAUACCACAGUAACCACGGAAACCACAACCACCAGUCGCCCAGCACGCAGCCCGCGCACACGCCCCCCACGCACGUCCUCGCUCCUCAAGAAGGACGCAAACGGGGGCGGCGGCAACGCCGCUCUACGGUGACUAGCGCAACCAGCGGCUCACCGAAGAGGAGGACCUUUUCCGGCGUCAGUGCGAACAACCACUCCUCCGGGUCCCCGUUCAACAUCAAUUCCAUGGUGAACAACAUUAACCAGCCACUGGAAAUCGCCGCCAUCUCCUCACCGCAGCAAUCAAGCCGCAGCCCCGGUGCGUCAACCCUGGACCAGCCUCCUGUUCUGAAGAGCGAGCGCCCCCUGGAGGUCAACGGCACUAGUCGUUACUCCUCCGCGCCCAGCACUGAUGACGAGGACUCGGGAUACCCGGCAAAAAGCACCAGUUUACGGAUUGAAAGGAAAAUUGUUACGAUAUCCUUGGAGAGCAGAGACGGAUCCGGGAGACUCAGUGAAAGUGAAAGAGGCAGGAAGUCGGGCUGCAGCAGCGGUCACAGCACAGGCAGCGAGGCCUCCUCCUCCUCCUCAUCCUUGUCCUCUACAAGUAAAUGGAAGUCAAGCUUUUCACCCAUUUCUGACCCCAAGAAACCCAACUCUGACCUCAGACAAAGGGGCUCUCCGUUUGGUAUAGGAGCGUCAAACUCGGACGCCGAUUACAAACAACACCGUCAACAGCCUGGGAAGGGAAACGAUGGCGAGUUAUCCAGCUACACGAAUCCCAACCCUUUCUUGAGCCAAGAGGCUGGCAACCGAAGCACUGGUAGCGGAGGAGGUCAGGCUGGCAACGGUUUUGACCCCCGCCAGAUUGUACAGAAGCAGAAAGCCCCUUGGGAUUGGGAGCUAAAGACAAGUAGUGGCCAUUCCAGUCAGAACAUCUUCAUAGCCGCCGCCGCCGCCAGUAGCGGCGGAGGCAUUCUGAGCGGCAAAGUCGGUGGAAGCCCUGUCAAUGUUUCGACAGGAUCCUCAGUGGGUCAGUACCUGGGCUCUCAGUUCCCACUUGGAGGGACCUCGGUCUUAUAGUCGUUGUUCGGGGCCCAGACAGGAAGCUCCGGCGCCAGUGCCAACACACGACUGGUCAAGGGACACUCUGGCCUGGGCAGCUUCUCUCGUGCCGGGCUUGCAGGCGGAGCGGCAGGAGGUGAGUGA